CUUGGAAUCCCGUACAACCCGCGGUGUUUGCUUCGAUAUCUUUUUCCGAAGAUCCUCUGCUUGUACAUGCAGUCAGCCAGCCUGUCGGAGCUCUCAUAAUUGAUUUUCCAUCGCCAUCGACGUCAUGUCGUCGUGGCUUCAACGUGUGUACAACGCUUCGUCGGUCGACCUCCACACCGUCGUGCUGCACAACACGAACGCGUACGUGUUUGAGAGCGCCGCCGCGAACGCAUUGCCCUCCGUGGUCUUUCGGGCCUCGAAUAGCAACCUCUUGAAAUCCCUCACGGUCAACGAAACGAUCAACGACGACGGCGAUGUGGUCUUGACUGUGGAUGUGGCGUCGCCGCCGUCCGAGCGCAUUCAAGGCGAGUACUUUAUCGACGUGUACAUGCCACCGCAGUCACUCCAGCACCUGUAUGCAAGCACUGCCUUCGACACAGUUGUCUAUCCCAACGUCCUUGGAGUUAGCGCCGUAAACGACGUCUCGGUAGUGUCGUCUGGGUCGGGCACAAUCAUCGUAGAGACCCCAGCGAUCGAGGCGCACCAUUUCCGCCUGGAAACGCGUGGGUCUGGCUUGAUCCAGUUCUCGAUUGACGAAUACCUCGUUGCUGGCGAAGUCACCCUCGUGUCUGUCGACGCUGGUUCGAUCGCGUUGCUGGCGGGCAAUACUACAACCAACACAGUGACUGCGAUGACCGCCGGGACAGGGAGCAUAUACGUUGGACGCGACGGGAGCCACAUGCUGUCGACGAUCGCGCUCAACGGUCGCACGUACGGCGAUGGCGACAUUGUGUUUUCCAACGUUGGGCAAUGCCACCUUGGCCAGUUCCGAAGUAAUGGCCGCGGCAACAUCUUUGCCAACUCGAUGGACUGCCACACCACCACAGCGGGCGUGUUCGACAAGGGCGAUAUUUACUUGAAGGCGUAUUGCACGCUUAGCACGACCGACGACGGCGCUGGGACAGUGUUUGCCGAGCUCAAUGAGAACGUCACAGUGAAAGGACUGUAUGCCCCGCUACCCGACGUGGUGCCCGCGCCGUUCUUCUCGAGCUUUAUCAUGCCCGACCAUCAUCCGCUGGAUUACCUGCCUGAGGCCCCCACAGGUCAGGACGAUCGCGGUCCAACGACCUCGUCGACAGCCACAGCGCAAGCCGCUGUCUUUCUGCUGGCAGUCGCGAUGUCAGUAGCCGCCGUGAUCGCUUUGGCAGUGUACAAGUUCAAAAAGUCGCGACGGUCUCCAACGAAAAACGACCUUUCGUUUGCCAAGGUGUCGACUCCCAAGGAGUCCACCACCCUCGCGAUGUAGCGUAACUCGAUACAAGCUCAUUUCUACCGUCUGCA